AAAGGGAAGCUGAUGAACCGCGGAAUGAUGCUCCGGUGCCAUCAAAGGCAGGAAAGGAUCGCAGGGAAGUUGCCAGCCCGAAACCCCCUGGAUCAGCGGCGCAGGCGGCGGAGGAGGCGGCGGCGGCGGCGGGGAAGAGAGCAGUAGUGGAGGGGGCACCACCCCAGCGGCGCCCCCGACCCGAAAGAGCCCCGCCGCGCUCGGGACCAUCCAAAUCCAGGGAGGCGCUGGGGGCUCCGCAUUCCCGGGCCACAGGAGAGGCUGCUGCCGCUUGGCUCUCGGCACCGGGAGCAUUCUACAUCUUACAGUACGAUUCCACCGGCGAAGGCGAGCGGCAGCGGCAGCGGGAUCCCGGCUGGGGGUUCAGAUCCGCGGCGCCUGGGGCAGGGGGGCGAGGGAUGCCCAUCAGUGCCCCGGCUCUGGAUGGAGGCUGA